GCAUGUAUUGCAGUACAAUAAAACAAACGCUUCUUGUUUUAUUUCGCUCCCUAUUGGUCCGAUUCUGUCCCCACUAAUGUCUGUCGGCGCGGAAACCGAAUACCCGGCAACUGAAGUUAGAGCUUCUGCAUAAGACAUCUGCUGAAGAUUCACAAGAAUGGAGAAUGGCAGGACCCAAUUUCCAUUUCCCUACCAGCCCUAUAACAUCCAGGAGCAGUUUAUGGAAGCAUUGUACAGUGCACUUGGCCAGGGCAAAGUUGGAAUCUUUGAAAGUCCAACUGGAACGGGAAAGUCACUGAGUCUAAUAUGUGGAGCGCUGAGCUGGCUCAUGGACUAUGAGGAGAGGAGGCAACAGGAGGCAGCUGCUCUGCUGCAGGAAGGAGAAGCAGCUCUUUCUGCUCCCACUGCUCAGUCCUUUACUACCAGCACCCCAGCAGAGCCUGACUGGGUCACUGAUUUUGUUCAGAAAAAGGCAGAACGUGAUUUGGUGUCAAAGUUGAAGGAGGAAGAACUGAAAAGAAAGAAGAGGGAAGAACGGUUAGAAAUGAUCAGAACCAACGUUCAGCUGAAGUAUGCAAUGAAAAGAAAGAGCAAUGAAGAUGAUGAAGCAUUCAAGUUGCUCAAGCUUGGGAUAGAGGAACAAAUACAGGCACCAGGAGUUCAAGAGGACGAGGAGCUCAUUAUCGCAGAAUAUGAGAGCGAUGAUGAGUCAAAGAGCAAAAGCAGAUUUUAUGAUGAUGAAGAUGAUGAGCUGGUUGAAGAACAUGUUACUAAGAUUUACUACUGCAGUCGCACUCACUCCCAGCUGGCCCAAUUUGUCCACGAGGUUCAAAAGAGUCCCUUCAGCAAGGACAUUAGUCUGGUUACACUGGGCUCACGGCAGAAUCUGUGUAUCAAUGAGGAAGUGCGUCACCUGGGCAGCAUCCAGCGCAUUAAUGACCGCUGCAUGGAGAUGCAGAAAAACAAACAUGAGAAGCAACAUCAUGAGGAGGGUGUGAAACAAAAGCGAGGUCCAUCAAAGACUGUGUGUCCCUACAAUAAAGCUUCAGCACUGCAGCAGAUGAGGGAUGAAGUUCUGGGAACAGUCCACGACGUAGAGCAGUUGCUGAAGCUGGGCAGGGAAACUCAUUCAUGCCCUUAUUACGCCACACGCCUCGCUAUCCCCCCUGCACAGUUGGUGGUGUUACCCUAUCAGAUGGUGCUUCAUGAAGCUACAAGAAGGGCAGCAGGUGUCCAGCUGAAGGGACAGGUGCUGAUCAUAGAUGAAGCUCACAAUCUUAGUGACACGCUCUCCUCUAUGCACAGUGCAGAGCUGACUGGAGCCCAGCUUUGCCGUGCCCACUCCCAGCUCACUCAGUAUGCUGAUCGAUAUAAGAGCAGGCUGAAGGCAAAGAACCUGAUGUAUAUAAAACAGAUUCUGUUUGUGAUUGAAGGACUUGUCCGUGCGCUGGGAGGUAAGGUGGGACAGAAUCCACAGAGCCAGAUUACACAAACAGGAACAGAGAUGCUUUCCAUUAACAACUUCCUCUUCAAGGCUCAGAUCGACAACAUCAACUUGUUUAAGUUACAGAAAUACUUUGAGAAGAGCAUGAUCAGCAGAAAACUGGGAGGCUUUGUAGAGAAGUACGCAGGUUCAGGUGUGAGUUUACAAACUCAUAGCAAUUCCAACAAAGAGAACAGACGCACAGAGGGCUUAAACCGCUACCUUCAAACACUACAGAGCAACCAGAGCACUGCACCAGUCUCUUCGGCAGACCAGCAGGGGUCUGUAGAGGCAGAGAAAGUGCUGUCUGCAUCUCCUAUGAUGCAGGUGGAGGGUUUCUUCAUGGCUCUCACCAGCAGCAACACUGACGGCAGAGUGGUGGUGCACAGACAAGGUACUUUAUCAGAAAGCAGUGUUAAGUUCCUGCUCUUGAAUCCAGCAGUCCACUUUGCCCAGGUACUGAGAGAGUGCAGAGCAGUCAUCAUCGCAGGAGGAACCAUGCAGCCUGUUUCAGACUUCAAACAAGAGCUACUGUUUUCUGCUGGAGUUGGAGAGGAGCGCAUCACUGAGUUUUCCUGUGGCCAUGUAAUUCCUCCAGAGAACAUUCUUCCUCUUGUCCUGUGCAGUGGUCCCUCUGGUCAGGAGCUGGAUUUUACUUUCCAAAGCAGGGAUUCUCCACAAAUGAUGGACGAGACAGGGCGCAUUCUCUCCAACAUCUGUAAUGUGGUCCCAGGGGGGGUUGUGUGUUUUUUCCCUUCAUACGAGUAUUCAAGGCGGAUCAUCGCUCACUGGGAGGCUAGCGGUGCUCUGGCACGUCUGGCUAACAAGAAGAAGAUCUUCCAGGAGCCAAAGAAGGCAAACCAGGUAGAGCAGGUGCUGAGCGAGUUCUCCCGUUGUAUUCAGAGGUGUUCUCUUGACAGCAGUGGACUUACAGGAGCCUUACUGUUCUCUGUGGUCGGAGGAAAGAUGAGCGAGGGCAUCAAUUUCUCUGAUGAUCUGGGCAGGUGUGUGGUGAUGGUGGGAAUGCCGUAUCCCAACAUCAAGUCCCCAGAGCUGCAGGAAAAGAUGUCCUACAUGGAUAAACACCUGCCUCACAGUAGAGGGAGGAGCCCUGGCCAAACACUAAUAGAAAACCUCUGCAUGAAGGCUGUCAAUCAGUCCAUAGGAAGAGCUAUCCGUCACCGUGGUGACUACUCCUCCAUUGUGCUGUGUGACAAACGUUACUCCAGACCUGCUACUCUCUCUAAACUUCCCACAUGGAUCAGAGAUCGCACCAACACGUAUACAACUUUUGGAGCUUUUUUUUCUGCCUUGCGGAAGUUUUUCCUGGAGAAGAAGCAGAAGCACGAGUAGUUUCACUCCAAAUGGGCUCAACCGACAUCUCUCAAGCAUUCAGGUUCACGAGAAGGGGACAAGUCGGAGGUUAGGAAGAACUUCGGGAAAAUCAAGUGCAACAGAAGUCACCCUGCAAUUUUAGCAAUUUAAGAAAGUGAAUCUGUUCCAAAAAAUACUGGAAGAUAGUUAGAGGGCCUUUGUAAUAAGUUCCUUAAUACAGCCCUUUCAUGGUGCUUUAUGUUUACAGGUUUGAAUAUUUUGUUCCCAUCAGAGCCAAGUGUCAUUAACUGGAGCUCAAAUGUUAACCAGGAGGCAGUUUUGUCUGUUUCAGUACUUAAUACUUGUUUUACAUCUUGUUCUCUGUUUUGGCCAAGUAAACCUAUCGAAUCAAUUAAAGAAUAAUGAAUCCAAGUAUCUGCGGACACAGACUAAAGGGGCAUUUAUCAGUUUGACUCACUUGUAUCAGUCUGG